GUCUUGUCAAAAUCUGUUCAGGCGUUUCGGAGAUUAGCCGGAACAAGCAGACAGAAAGGCAGACAGGGAAACAUUUUAAAAAUUGUUUUUGUUAUACCUACUGUAUAUACAUACUUUCAUAUGCAUUUAGUAUAAAGCUGUUAUUUCGAUAUUACAAACAGACACUUCAAUUCUAUUUAUUUGUAUCUAUGUAUAAUUCAAUGCUAAAUAAAUUACGUCGGAUAGAAAAAUCAUUAUCGUGUGUUUAUAGUUUUGUGACGUCUUUAGUUCACACAUUAUAUUAGUCUAACAAACCAAAGAGUAUAUAAACACUUACAAACAGCAAAGUGCCCGUCAAGACGCUGGAUUGUAAACAAAAGAUAAUAAUAAAAAAUAAUAUAAUUUAGCAGCUGACAAGCAUCAAAAUGGGCUUCCAAGAUAAAGUGGCUAUAGUGACAGGCGCCAGUUCCGGGAUCGGGGCUGCUGUGGCGAUUGCGCUGAGCGCAGAAGGUGCCUCGGUGGCCAUUGUUGGACGAAACCAGGCCAAGUUGGCCGCCACCGCCGCCCGCUGCGCCAACGCGCUGGUCAUACAAGCCGACGUCACCAACGACGACGACGCCCAGAGGAUCAUACACCAGACGGUCGAAACAUUUGGAAAAAUAGAUGUUUUAGUGAACAACGCGGGAAAUACAAGGUCUGCAAGCAUGUUCGACGAAAACAUUAUGGCGGCGUACGAUUUCACCAUGAACGUGAACCUUCGUGCCGUGUUCCGUAUAACAAGCUUGGCUAUUCCUUAUUUGAUUAAAACAAAAGGCAACAUUGUUAAUGUAUCCAGUGUUAGUGGGCAUAGCACACGGUUAGCCAUGCAAACGAUAACGUAUUCCGUUUCCAAGGCGGCGCUGAGUCAUUUCAGCGGAUGCCUUGCGGCGGACUUGGCGCCUCAUGGAGUGAGAGUGAACACAGUAUCUCCAGGGCAUACAGUAACUGAUCUGUUAGAGAACAGCGGAUUUCCUGGAAAGUGGGAGGACUUCGCAGCGCUUACAGCUCUCGGUAAAGUGGCGGCAGCUCAAGAAGUUGCAGAUUUGGUUCUGUUUAUCGCUAGUGAUAAGGCGAAGUCCGUGACUGGGUCGAACUACUUUUGCGAUAACGGCUUUAUGAUAAAGCGCGAUUAGAAGGUCGCUAUUUUACGUUAGAAUAUGUUUUUUAGGGUUCCGAAAGAACGAAGUGAUCUUAUAAGAGUUCCUUUUGUCCUUUGGGAGAUCACAAGAUACGGCUAUUUAUGCCGCAUAGCUUGAUACUCGUAAGGGAAUCAAAACCUACAGGUUUCUUCUCAUUGACCUAGAAUCAUGAAAUUUGGCUAGAAGCAAUGCCUUAUAACACAUAAGGGAAAAAUAAGGGAAUAAGGGAAAAAUCCGAAAACCUCGAAUUUGUAGUUACAUCACAUUUAAAAUAUGUGAUUACAAACUUAUAUUUACAGUUAGAAAUAAGUAAUUUAAAUACACGCAGAAACAACAAAAAAUAAAAAAACAAGAACGAUAGAAAAAUAAAGUAACAGAAACACUAUAAAAAAACAAUUACUAAAAAUAUGAUAAAAUGGAUCCCACUAGCAACGAGGUAGGAGGUAGGACCCAAGCUGCCAGUGGUCAAGGCUCUAGAGUGAGCGACCUCCUCACAUUGCGUGCCAUCUCAAGAACCACUUCCACACCACGCCUUUUUUAUUAACCCCCAACCCAAAAAUAGGAUGUUAUAAGUUUGACGUGUGUACCUGUGUAUCUG